AAAUCGUAUAUACAAUAGGAUAGGAAGUUUUUCAUUAUUUUCAUUUGUCAAUAAUUGUAUUAGUACUAUAUUAUCAGUGGUUUAGAAAUUUAGUUUUGACUGUCAUGUGGAAGCAUUUGAAAAUAUAAACCUCCAAAAAAUCUAGAACGUUUCAUUCACAUUUCUUUUUUUUGAAAGUUUUUGGUUGUAUAAUGAAUUUUAUCGUACCAUUAUCAAAAUUCAUUGGUAAACGAAAUUUAUCGUGUAGUUUUUAUCUUCGUCGUUAUAAUAACUCGUUACAGUUUCUCACGGAUCACUCACACAUUUUCUCGUCACCAAUUAAACAAAUAAAGGACGUACAAAAUGGCAUUUUUAACAAAACGGCCAUUGCCAAACUCAAAUCUAUUGAAACACGCGGUAGGGGGCUGCUUUUUUUGCCAUCAAAGAAUUACACAGAUCAUCCCAAGAAGACACCCGAACUUAUUUACAUUCCCCGUCUUCUAAGAUGGAUGAAGGUAAAGAUGAAAUUGAGGCUUUUAAAAAAAUGGGAUCCGAAUUUCUCGGAAGGUGCCUUCAUAUACGGAAGUUUAAUGGCACUGUGCCGCAUAACGGAAAUAAUCCACGAGGAUGAUCCCAAACAGCUCGUUGGUUUAUUGACCGAACCAGCUAGAUUAAAACUGACCGAAGACAUGACCCAUAAACUGUCAAAACUUCAAAAAGAUAUAAUUCAAUUAAAAAUGAGCGAUAUUAAAAUAUUAGUUCCGGUAUCCGUUAAUUUCCGGCAAGUAGGUAACGAAAAAUAUUGCGAUAUUGCUGUUCGAAGUUUGGCAUUAAAAUGGCUCGAAAAGAAGGGACAGCUGGUCCUGGUGGCAUUAGAAGCAGAGUUCAGUAGAAAUUAUACGGAAGGUGCAAAAGCCGAAUGGACUAUUAGCAACUUUAAUAUUUUAGAAUGCGCUCUAUUAAACGAAAUAUCAUCGACUGCAAGAUAAUCAUUUAACAACCAACUAAUAUUCAUUGCAUAAAAAAAGGAAAAGCGCAAUCAGAAACCAAUAAUUUGUAACAACAUCAAAAAUAAACUUCAGGUCAACUCAA